AUUUUUUAUAAAGAUUUUCAGAAUCUUGCUGUCUAAGGUAGUUCUAAUAUAUAAACUUGUUUGCAUUUCACAUAAAAGAUCAUUAUUUUAUGCAAUCAUUAUGUUUAAUAGCUAAAGGAUUUUCUAUUUUCAAAUCUUCAAACAAUAAUUAUUUUAACAUUGUUUCUUACAGAACUAGAAAAUAAUAUAACAAUAUGAAUGAUAAAGAAAGAUGUUCAAUUGGAAUAAUAAAUAAAGAAAUUUGUAACAAACAAACACAUGUAAAAUUCUAUGAUAUCAAGAAAGUUUCAAGUCUUAAUGAUGUGAAAAAAGACUUGAUAAUUAGUCGUUCUGGCAUUCAAUUUGAUGAAAAUGCAACGGUUUGCCUACACCAUGAUUAUGUUUAUUUAAAACAUUACUCCACAAUCCACAUAACUUGCUGUGAUCCAUUUAAUUCACACAAUGGAAAAAGAAGAAAAGGAGGAUGUAAAGAAAUUAAUAUGCAACUUGCUGGGAAAUUAAAAAAUAUUGGUAAUGUUAUUCCUGGAGAAAAGAUAUGUCCCUCAUGUAUGAUUAAAUUGAUAUCAUUUAAAGAUGAUGGGCAAAAAGAACCGACUUGUAGCCAGAUUUAUGAAGAUGAAGAUAAUGAACUUAAUAUAAAUGAAUUGUUAAAAAAAAUCUUUAUUCUUCUUUGACGAUUAUGAAAAUAAGUCCUCUCAAAAUGCAUGCUGUAAUUAGUCACUCAAAAGUUGCUCUUGGCAGACAUGUUCAAUGAACAAAAACAUGUUCAAAAAACAGUAAAGUUAGGUAAUGCAAGGACUUUAAAUAUAGAUCCUGAACAGUUAAUUAAAGAAGAUUGCUUCAAUAAAUUAUCUAAGGAAGUUAAAGUUAAAGCAAAUGACAUGGAAAUACUUAUUAGAAAAAUCAAAGAAAAACUUUUAAUUUCCAAUCGUAAUCAGAAAAUUCAACUACUAACACUGGUUCCCAUUUCUUGGUCUCACAAAGAUAUAGAAAAAGAAUUUAAUGUUACAAGUUAUAUGGUGCAGAUAUCAUGCAAAUUGCUGCAGAAAAAUGGUAUUUUAUCUUUUAUUGAAAAAAAAGGAAAGGAAAUACCUCAAGAAACAGUAGAUAAAAUUAUUGAAUUUUAUUGUAAUAAUGAAAAUAGUAGGCUAAUGUCUGGUAAAAAAGAUUUUGUUAGUAUAGCUCGAAGAUCUCACAUGCAAAAGCGUUUGAUUCUUUCAAAUCUAAAGUUGCUAUAUGCAAAGUUUAAAACCUGUUAUAGAGAUAUAAAGAGUUGUUUUUCUAACUUUUGCUCACAUCGUCCAAAAUCGUGCGUUACAGUUGGAGCGUCUGGUAUGCAUACAGUAUGUAUGUGUACCUACCAUCAAAAUGUUAAGUUAAUAAUUAGUGCAGUUGAAUUAUCAAAGGAUUAUCACGACCUUAUUGAUAUGCUUGUUUGUAGUAGGGCGAACAAAACUUGCAUGAUACAUCAUUGCCCAGUAGAUUCUACAUUAGUACAUUAUCUUGAAAAUGAGUUGUACUCUCAAGACGAUAUUGAUGAAGAUGAUGAUUAUUGUAUAGAUUACAAACAAUGGAAAACAACAGACCGACCUGAGCUAUUAUAUCUAACAGAAACGACAAGUAGCUUUAUUAAUAAUUUGAAAAAUAAUUUGAAAAAUAAUGUUCAUUAAGUUGAAAAAUAAUGAGUUAAGUAGUACUGAGGUCAUUGUCCUUUGUGAUUUAUCAGAAAAUUACGAGUUUGUUGUACAAGACGAAAUACAAAGUUCUCACUGAAACAAAAUUCAAGCAACAUUGCAUCCAACAGUAAUUUAUUAUAAAGAAAAUAAUGUCCUCAAAUAUGAUUCAAUAUGUUUCAUCUCAGAUGAUUUACUGCAUAAUGUUGAUAUGAUUUAUCAUGUGAUGAAGCUAACAAUUGAACAUAUUAAAUGUAAUAUUUCUCAUCAAAUAGAAAGUGUCCAUUACUUUUCAGAUGGGUGUACUGGCCAGUACAAAAACUGGAAACACUUCGUAAAUAUAUGCCACCAUGAACAAGAUUUUGCUAUGAAAUGUACCGGGUCUUUCUUUGCAACAAGUCACAAUAAAUCACCCUGCGAUGGUAUUAGUGGGACUGUAAAAAGACUAACUUUAAUUUCUAGCCUUCAUCGAACAACAACAAAUCAUAUUAAAGCAUCUGCAAUGUUUUUCAAAAUGAAAUCAUUUUGAAACUGCAAAAACGUUACCAGGCACUUGUAGCUAUCACAAUUUCGUUCCAAUAAGUAACACAAAAAUUGGAACUAAAGUUGUUUCUGAACAAUUGGAGUAUUCAUUUGUUUUUAAUUUUCAAACUGAUGAGAUUAUUAAAGAAAGGGUAAACAGAUUCUAUCUGUUGACCAGCCUCGCACCCCUUCCUCAUCUAUUAGGCUGGCGCAGAUGUAUUUUUAAUACAUUGUUUCCAGUUUAGGAUGUUGAACGCUGGAUCUUCUUGACUCA